AUGUACUCGUCGCGCAGAGCCCUCACACGAGCUGCUCGACUUGGCUGCCCAGGUCAGAGAAGGCCGGUUGAUGCCGCCCAGCGACAGUGGCCUCGGCACGCCAGCAACGCUUCCAGCCAAGCGCCUCGGGGUCGAAGAGGAAGGGCGUUCGGUUUCGCCGCCGUCUUCGCUACCGCCGCCGCCGCCGCAUACUUCUAUCCCACGUUGACGUCCCCGGCGGUCGAACAGUCGGAUCCAGCCGUGCCGCAAAGGACACAAGUCGAGUUCGAAAAGGCUCGCAAGCACGGCGCAUCGAAAGAAGAUAACAGGGCUCUCAUCAGCUCGCAGCAUGUGCAAAUCAAGAACAGCUUCGAGCAUCCGGGCGUCUACGCUUGGGGUUCCAACACUGGCAAGGUCAUCGACCCGAGCUCGGAGGAAAAGUACGUCAAGCUGCCUCGGCGCAUCGCAUUCUUCAACGACCAACUCCUCCGUGACCUGAAGCUCACCCAGACGUUCGGCGCGGCAAUCGCGGAAAACGGGGAUUUGGUUCAGUGGGGUCUGGGUUACUGCAAGGGAGACCCUCAACCGAGGACGUCAUUGAAGGGCAAGGAUCUCAUCAAGAUUGACGUCUCGGCGGACCGCAUCGUCGCACUCUCCAGGAAUGGCACCGUGUACUCUCUUCCAGCCUCGCGCGAUGACCAAGAGGCUGGGGCGAAGCAAGAGCAACAGAAAAGCUCGUGGUCGCUGUGGAAGGCUGGGGGCAAGGAGGGCAUUAGCUUCCGAAACCUGACACCAAAGACGCUCGGACGAGGCGAAAAGGUGUCCGGCAUCAGCAGUGGUCUUGAGCACUGCCUGCUGCUGACGUCAAAAGGUCGCGUCUUCUCGGCCGCCUCGAGCGCCACCUCCUUCCCAUCCAAGGGUCAGAUGGGCAUUCCUGGUCUGUCGUGGGAAACAAGGCCCGAGGGUGCCUACGAUCAGGCGCAGGAGAUUUCGUCUCUCAAGGGCGUCGAAGUCGCUCAGAUUGCCACGGGGGACUACCACUCCGCCGUCUUGGACAAGGCGGGAAGACUCUACUCUUUCGGCGACAACACGUACGGCCAACUCGGCUGCGAGGUGGAAGGCCUGCUCCCAUAUCUCUCCACGCCCUGCAUGGUGUCGACCAACAAACUGUACGCGAACAGCGGGCUCGCUCCAAAGGUCACGAGCAUCGCCGCCGGCGGCACCAACACGUUCUUUACCGUCGACGCCGAGGCACGGCUGGGAGAGGUACCGGCCGCAGCACCUGCGAGGAGGAUGCCGAGAACAACGUCGGAUCUGUGGGCGUGCGGUCAAGGUGUGAGCGGAACGCUGGGAACGGGAAAGUGGACCCAUGUUUCGCAAGCGCCGACCAAGGUCAAGGCGCUCUCGUCGUUGUUUGAAUUCGACGAGAAGACGAACAAGAUGAUGGCCAUCAAGCUCAAGUCCAUGAGCGUGGGCGCGACGCACUGCUCGGCCGUCAUGGACAACGUGACGAACACGGAUAUAUCGAGCCGAUCAACGGAGAACGAGACCAACUGGGGCUCCGACGUCAUGUUCUGGGGCGGAAACGAGCAUUACCAGCUCGGCACCGGCAAGAGGACCAACAUGAACGCACCGACGUACAUUGGACCGCUGGAUGGCGGCGAGAGCGAUGCGGACAAGGGCAGACAAGGGGAGGCGCACCGGCUCUGCCUGACACCUCGAUCCACUUCUCGCAUCGGCGAGGGGGGCAAGGGUCGUAAGGUGACAUUGGAGCAGAAGGUUGAAUGCGGCGUGUUUGUCACGGGGGUAUACUCUGCCGCGUAA